AUGGAGGGUUCUACAUCUUUUGUUAGCAAUAUUCUCUCCAACACCUCAUCUUCUAGUAUCGAACAAUUACAGAAUGACCUAAGAAAUGACUAUAUCAGUACUAGAAGUCGCCAAAUUGUUGUAAAGCAUUUGGAUCUAGUGAUUCUGUCAUUGAGUGAGGACAAGGUUGAAAAUCAAGAUCUAACAACCUCAAGAGCACACGAACUCGUUAGCACAUUUAAACAAAGCCCAUCCAAGCUAAAAUAUAUAGUAGACAAAGACCGAGAAGAUGCACGAAGAUAUAUUGCAUUGUUGCGGAGGUAUUUCACAGAUCAAUCUCUUGACGAGUCUAUGGCAAAACUGACAAUCAAGGAUAAAAAACCAAUAAUACUUCAAAGUCUACUUAUUCGAGACGCCCUUCUUCCCGAGCUUGUCGAUGUGCUGACCAAAUUAAAGGUAUUUCAAAUAUCUGUUUCUACACAUGUACAAAAGGUGACUCUAUUUGGUUCAUUAUCCCCAACCGACUUUUGGCAACAAUUUGAAACAGUGCACUGUUCGGACGACAAGCUAAAACAUUUACCAUCAAUCUCUGAUAUCAAAGAGGUGGUUGAGUAUCACGGAGGAAUAGAGGGCGGUUCAUUUAUCGAGCAAUCAGCCACGGCAAGUUGA